AUGACAGUAGGAACAAUUAAGAAUGUAAUUUUUCCUCUUCUUCGAUUAAAGGAAAGAUUAAUAGCUAGGUAUUUCAAAAAAAGUACAACUACAAACAAGGAGGGAAUGACACUCCACGAAAAGGAGCAAAGAGCUAAGGAUUAUGUCAUUCUCACACAUCUCUAUUUGAUCCAUCCAAUUAUUGUAUUCUUUUGUAAAUUAUUCUUCUGGGCAUUCUUUAAUAGUUUAACUGUAUUAUACGAGAGUGAUAUUGCUAGAAAUUUGAAUAAGCUCAAUGCUUUUGAGUAUUAUCAUUUGAUUAAUGAGAAAAAUCCAAAUGUGAAAGUUACAAAAACUCUCUCAUUAAAGGAAGAACAAACAAUUAGAGAAAAGGGUCCAUUCAUAUUCGCAAUUGGAAAUCAGAGAAGCUUGGCUGAUGGAAUAGUUGAAUUAGCCUACAAGACUCAAAACUCUGUUACUAUAAUGAAUGUUGAGAUGGCCCUUUUCCCAUUCUUUGGUUGGAUUAGUUAUGGAGUUGGUAGCGAGGUUAUUAUUCGUCAAAUACCAAAACAAUCUUGGGAAGUCAUUGAUAAUAUGAGAAGAUUAAUGAAGAGAGGUCUAUUCCAGACCUACAUUUACCCAGAGGGUGAUAGACAAACCUCCUCCAGCAAAGAACUCCUCCCUUACAAGAUGGGUCUCUUUGUUCUCGCCAUUGAAACUCAAGCAUCAAUUGUUCCAGUGAUUCAUUAUGGCAUUGAUCAUAUUUGGCCAUAUGAUGAUUGGAAAAUUUAUUCAGGAAAUCAGGCUUAUGUAGUAAUGGGUGAGCCAAUUGAAACCAAGGGAAUGGUACUCAAUCAAAGACAUGAAUUGAUGGAAAUUUAUAGACAACGUAUUAAGGAAAUGAUUGUAAGAAUGGAAGAACGAAUUGCCAAGCAAAAGAAGAAAUAG